AGACAAACGAUAUAAAUGACAAAAUGAUAAGCUAUCAGAAUGUUAAAUUGUUCUCGAACUAGAUGACUUCAGUUUACUAUGUUUAUUAUUUGUAGAUGAACUUAGAAUGACCAGGUGAAGGUAAAAGUGGUCUUUCAGACGAAUCUACAUGACUAUGGGAAUGAAGGCCAUCUCUGAAUACAACAGACAGUAUACAUGGCACGAACUACCUCCAGCUAACCCUAUAGCAGGGUGCCCUAGUUUCAAGGAACAUAAAGUAGCUGAACCACCUUUUCAAGCUAACCAACGACCAACACUUGAGCUAGCUUCAAAAGAAGAGUUACCGGAGGUUGUAAGAACGUUUGGGUCUCCCUCAAAAGAGUUACACAUAGUCAGGGAACCAUCAUUCUCACACAAAAAGAGGGUCCCAGGUGCCAGCCCUGAACGAAUGAAGGUGGACAAGAGUUUGGAAAAGAAAGCAGGUCUUUCUAAAAACAUCAACUCAGCCCGAUAUAAAAGUGAAUACGCCUUAAGAUUCUCACCAACCAAAGGAAUCGUGGCUCGACCAUCAUCCCCUAUCCAAAAUUCUAAAAUCAACUUCGUGGACAGUAAAACCAACUUACCCAUCGGCAAAAAACCAGUGGAUAAAAAAGUACGUUCAGAGUACGAGUCCAGGUACCAGGACCCUACCUCAGAACUUCACUACGUUAGAGAGCUCUACAAGGAACAAGUGAGGAGGAAACGACUUGAGCUAGAGAAAGCAGAAAGAGCAGAACCAGCUGAGGAAGCUGUACCUGUCAAGAAGCUUGAGGUCAAAGAACCCGAAAUUAAAGAUGCGGUUGCUAAAGCACCUGAAAAGAAGGUUAAGUUGAAGAUUGUCAGUCCUCUGAAGGGAGUUCCUAAGAUAAAAGCAACAUACGACAUAAUAGCGGCAGUCAGACCAACCAAGCUCAACUGGAAGUCUGAGUACAAAUCAAAGUUCGAGAGCCCAACAAAAGAGGCUCCAAUAGCACCCACAGCGUACGGUAGACGCAGUCAUCCUUACAAAGCCGCGAGUCCAGAGCGAGUUGCGAAUCUAAUAAAACCAGACCCAAGUGAAAUAGCAACACCUAAACCAGCCAAUUCUGUAAACUGGUACAAUGAAGUUGUAGAACUCAGACAAAUGGCCCAGGAGUUUAAAGCUAGAUCUCACGGUUCACACUUCUCACCGAACAAGAUGGCACACCUUUCAUUCUCAACAGCUAGAUUGAGGGAAUGCCAGCCUAUUCCUUCCCCACCAGGAUCAGCAGAAUCGGUGAGAGUCAUACCAAAAGAGAAGCAAGCAGCUGCUAAAGAGGUCGCAUUUCCGAUAUCAGUGCCUGCGGUCGCAGCUGAAACUCCCAAACUAGAAAAUGAUAUAGUGGUCACUGAUUUGGAAGAUACGGAAGAAGUUCCAAACAUAGAUCACCUCGUAAUUAAGACAGAGUCCCUCAUUGAUGACGUCAGCAAAAAUCCCUCUCCUGUGAAAGCUAAGUCAAAAUCUCCUGAUUUAGUUUCUUCCAAGAAAGCACUCAAGGAAGUGGCAGUAAUAGCCGAGAAAGAAGCCUCAGUUUGCUCGACUCCAAGAACAGCUGAUAGGAGUUUCAGUCUGUUUGGAGACAGAGUUCCCACUCCCAGAUUGAGGAACCAGGGCUCCAGGCAUCAUUUGGACAGAACUACUCGCAAAGACAAGUCUGAACCAGCACCCGAAAUAAAGACUGCAGUUUUGGCGGGAAGAGUGGCGACGCCGACACUAAUUCAAGAACAGGGAGGCUCCAGACAUCAUCUGGACACCACCACUCCGGCUCCAGUGAAGACAGAUAGUAAGCUCCCAGAAGGAACCCAGCCCUUCUUCCCUAUCUUAUCAGAUCAGAUCAAAGAGAAACUGGAUUUCUCAUCUCCCUCGAAACCCGCUGAGAAAGCAAACGGUUGGACAAAAGACUUGGACGAAUCGGUCCUUUCUCGAGCAUCAUCCUGUACUUCGUUAGCUAGCGCCACUCUCAACAAAGCUCAAAAGAGAGGGACUGAUUUCUGGAAAUCUAAAUAAAACUAUAUUUUUAGUGGGAGCAUAAUGUACCCACAGCAUUAUAAAGCUAUAACUGAUCGUUCAAUUUGUUAAUUUCAUUCACAAAUAUUGUGCUUUUAUGCAUGGGAUGUAAAUAGCCACAAGUUUUAUUAUAAGGUUCGCAGACUUUUAUUUCCCCGAAACGGGCAUGAUUUCACCAGAAGUGACGUAUAAUUUUACACUCAGUUAAAUUAUUCAAUAACAUCGCCUUCACCCCAUGAGACUCUAUUCAUGUUAAUUUUACGACAACUUUAUUUUUAUAAUUAUCGGAAGUUUGGUGUGUAUAAUUUCAUGACCACACCAAGUAACUGCAUGUUUUGUUUGUGUAGGACCACUUAUUCACAGAAUUGCUGUUAUUUACUGCUGAGUGUUGUAUUCUCUUUAACUUGUAAAUGUAUAAUGUAUAUUGUAUUAUAGCGAUUUAUAAGUUACAUAUUUCUUCAGUCAGCUUACAGAUACGCUAGAUAGUUGC